AACGCGUAAACGCGGCUGCGUUCACAUCACAUAAACCCGGGGCGGGCAUUGCCCUUUCAUUAUUGAGUUGUGUUUCCGAACGCAGAGGUGCUCGCUCAAAAAUGGCGGAUCGCCCGAAGUAACAUCGACUUAACGCUGUGUGAAUUUAAAGACAAAUAUUCGUGUAUUUUAUGUGAAAAUGUGAUUGGUAUGAAUUAAAACAUAUUGUGUAGUGUUGUUUGUGUGUUUUGCAACAUGUGGCGGACAGGGAUGUGUCGUUUCGGUGUCGGGAACUGGAUAUUCUUGUUCGCCUGUCUCCAUUUGUUUACAUACGCUCAAGGUGGCGAGGACCCAGCAGACCCGGGGGUCCGCUUUACGACGGAGCCGGCGGACGCGGUGCUGGCGCCGGGCGAGGCGGCGCUGCUGCCGUGCUCGGCGACCUCGAGGCGCGCCAUCCGCCUCGCGUGGCGACACAGCGUCUCCGCCACGCCGACCCGGGACCAUGCCAUUACGGAUACUGAUAAGUAUAGGAAGCAACUGCCAAACGGGUCGCUGUCAAUAACGGAGAUGUCAGCAGCGCUGGCGGGGCAGUACCAGUGCGUGGCCACCGUGGACGGGGUCGGCACCAUCCUGUCGCGAGUCGCCAGCGUCUUCCUAGCCGAGGUGCCGGAGCUAGUGGGCGGCGCCCGCUCAGUGCUGGGGUCUGCGGGGGGCGCCGCGCUGCUGUCGUGCGGGGUGCGCGCCCCGCCGCGGCUGGCGCUGCGCCUGCUGUCCGCCGCGCCCGACAGGAAGGUGUACGGCGCCGCCCGGCUGCACAACGCGCCGCCGCUGCUCAAGCUGAACGUGACGUGGCUGAAGAACGGCCAGCCGCUGCGCAUGGAGAGCACGCGCAUGUGGGUGACACCCAGCGGAGCCCUAGAGCUGGAGCCGCUGCGGCACCACGACGCUGCCGUGUACGCCUGCCGCGUGUCGCUGGCGAACGCGCCCAGUCAACACAAGAUAAGCGCGGAGACGGAGCUGCGCGUGAGUGCGGAGCCGGCCAGCGCGGAGUCGCCGCCGCGCUUCAUCGCCACGCCGCCGCCGCUCACCGUCAUGGAAGGAGCGUCGGUGACGUUCGACUGCGCGGCGGUGGGUAACCCCAAGCCGGAGAUGUCGUGGCUCAACAACGGCGCUGCUAUCGAUCUCAGUGACCUGGACUCUCGCUUCUACCUGGUGGGGUCGGGCUCGCUGCGGGUGCAGUCCGCCCGCGCGCUGGACGCCGGCGCCUACACCUGCCGCGCGCACAACCGCCUCGACUCCGCCGACCACUCCACGCAGCUGCAUGUGCUCACCCCUCCCCGCGUCACCCUACCCGGCGGGCCUGUAGUAACAGCUCGUGCUCGCGGCGACGUGACGCUGCGCUGCGAGGCGCGAGGCAGGCCGCCGCCCAGCGUCGCGUGGCUCAAGGACGGAGACCCGCUCACGCCGAACAACCAUGACAUCGCGCUGGUGGAUGGGUCCUCCCUCCGUAUCCAAGGCGUGCUGCGCGUGGACGCGGGCAUGUUCCAGUGCGUGGCCAGCUCGCCGGCCGGCCAGGCCGUCGCCGCGCUGCGGCUGCGCGUGCUGCCGCCAGAUGACGAGCUGACCAACAUCACAAUAGACUCGUCGAACCACGACUCCGACCAGGACCUAGCCCCCCCACCUGGUGAAGACGAAGACUUCCUCGGAGAGACCUCCUCAGCGUACACGUCAGAGCCUGACGUGGAGUAUGAGGAGUACACUGACGAUGAUGUGUUCCCCCGGGGCGAAGGGCUGGAGCUGGAGCGAGACAACGGCACGGCGGUGUCGGCGCCGCGGGGGCUGCGGGCUGUCAUCGUCAAGCACCGCUUCGUGACGCUGAGCUGGGAGCCGCCCGCGCAGGCCGAGGGGGACCUCACGGGGUAUGCUGUCGUGUAUCGAGUGAAGGGGAGUGAGAGAGAGCGCGUGUCCCGCGGCGUGGCGGGUCGGCACGAGAUGAACGUGGCCUCGCUGCAGCCCAACACCACCUAUCUAUUCAGUGUUCGAGCGUAUACUGACCAGCAUACCUCGCCGCCUAGUGACACCAUAGAAGUCCGCACCUCCGAGGAGGAGAUAACGCACGGUCCCCCGGUGGGCCUGCGCGGCGAGGCGCUGGGCCCGCACGCGCUGCGCCUCGCGUGGGCGCCCCCGGUCGCUGCGCCGCCGCCCACCAAGUACUCCAUACAGUAUACUGAGGUGGAUAGCGGUCGCGAGCAGUUCCAAUGGGUGGAAGCCGACGCCAGUGCCACCAGCAUCAGCAGCACUGUGAGCGGGCUCCGCGCGGCCAGCGCGUACUUACUGCGCGUGGCGGCGGCGGGCGGCGCGGCGGCCGAGCUGCGGCUGCGAACACCCAGCGACGCGCCCGCCGCGCCGCCCGCUAAUGUCACUGUCGUCGCCACUAGUGCCACUGUGAGUAUCACCAGCAUCAGCAGCACCGUGAGCGGGCUCCGUGCGGCCGAGCUGCGGCUGCGAACACCCAGCGACGCGCCCGCCGCGCCGCCCGCUAAUGUCACUGUCGUCGCCACUAGUGCCACUGUGAGUAUCACCAGCAUCAGCAGCACCGUGAGCGGGCUCCGUGCGGCCGAGCUGCGGCUGCGAACACCCAGCGACGCGCCCGCCGCGCCGCCCGCUAAUGUCACUGUCGUCGCCACUAGUGCCACUGUGAGUAUCACCAGCAUCAGCAGCACCGUGAGCGGGCUCCGUGCGGCCGAGCUGCGGCUGCGAACACCCAGCGACGCGCCCGCCGCGCCGCCCGCUAAUGUCACUGUCGUCGCCACUAGUGCCACUUCGAUCCUAGUCCGUUGGGAGGCCCCGCCAGCGCGCACACACCGCGGGCCCCUCACAGGCUACAAGGUGCGCUACCGGGCCGCAGCGCCGGAGUCGGGGCCCGCGCCGGCACCGGGGCCCGGGGGCCCGCGUCGCAAGGCCGACUCGCUCACCACGCCGGCCGACCAGAGGAGAGCCGAGCUCAGGGGACUUGAUACUGCUACUACUUAUCAGAUCCGCGUAUGUGCGAUCAACGCGAACGGCUCUGGUCCGUUCAGCGAGUGGGUGUCGGCGAGCACGCAGCGCCACGAGCUCGACGAGAGCCGCGUGCCGCCGCAGCCGCCGCCGCUCACCACCCGCGCGGGCCGCGACUGGAUCUCGGUGUGGUGGGGCGAGGAGGUGGGCGGCGUGGUGGUGCGCGGCUACGUGCUGGGCUGGGGGCUGGGUGUACCUGAUGACGCCGCGCGGGAUCUGCCCGCGCAUCUGCACUCGCAUGUUAUACGCGGUCUUGAAUCGAACGCGGAGUACGUUAUCUCUCUCCGUGCGUCGAACUCCCGCGGCCUGGGCCCCGCUGUGUACGCCACCGUGCGGACCCGGGCCCCGGCUGAUGAUGACGCCGAGCCUGACGACGAGGAUGAUGAUGAUGAUGAUGAAGUGGACGAGCCGCCGCCGCUCAUACCGCCUGUGGGGGUGAAGGUGAUCAUGCUAAGCGGAACAACAGCUGUGGUGUACUGGACGGAUCCCACGCUACCCAAGGGACAGACGGCGACGGACGGUCGUCGCUACGUGGUGCGGUGGUCGAGCGCGGGCGGGCGAGCGCGCACGUUCAACGCGACCGACCUCAACUGCAUGCUGGACGAGCUGCGCCCCUUCACGCAGUACGAGUUCGCUGUUAAACUUAUUAAAGGCGGUCGCGAGUCAGCGUGGUCGAUGCUGGUCUCUAACACGACGCUGGAGGCGGCGCCCGGCUCCCCCCCGCGCGAGCUGCGCCCCGCGCCCGCGCCGCCGCCCGCCUCGCCCGCGCGGGCCGUCGACCUCACGUGGCAGCCGCCCGCCAAGCCGAAUGGGGUCAUUACUGGCUACGUGAUAAUGUAUGCGGUGUCUCGCGGCGGUGCGGGCGGCGAGGAGUGGACGGCCGUGGCGGCGCUGGGCGAGCGGACCCGCACCAGGGUCGAGCGGCUCCGCCCCCGCACCACCUACCUGUUCAAGCUGCAGGCGCGGAACAGCAAGGGGCUCGGCCCCUUCUGCGCGCCCGUCGCCUACAGCACCGCGCCCGACGCGCCCGACGGGCUCGCCAGCGCCACCUCCGCCUGGCUGUGGGCCAGCGCCGGCGGCGCCUGCGCCGUGCUGGCGCUGGCCGCCGCGCUCGCGCUCUCGCUCUGCUGCCGCCGCGCGCAGCCGCCGCUGUCGCCCGACACCAGCACAUACCAGAAGUCGUCAGCGUCAGCGGGCAUCAAGCCGCCGGACCUGUGGAUCCACCACGACCAGAUGGAGCUGAAGCACAUGGACAAGUCGCUGCACAGCUCCGCCAGUAAGAUAUCAGCGGGCAGCGUGGAGGGCGGCGCGCUGAUGUCCUCCACCCUCACACUGGGCCGCUCGGCGCCCGCCGAGUACGAGCCCGCGCGGCACCCGCCGCCGCCCGCCUCGCUCGACAGGCGGCAUCAUGUGCCUACAUAUGUCGGUCAUAUAGCAUCAUCACUGGGCCGCUCCGCGCCGCCGACGAGCCGCGCGGCACCCCCGCCGCCCGCCUCGCUCGACAGGCGGCAUCAUGUGCCUACAUAUGUCGUAUAUAGCAUCACCUCACACUGCCGCUCCGCGCCCGCCGAGUACGAGCCCGCGCGGCACCCGCCGCCGCCCGCCUCGCUCGACAGGCGGCAUCAUGUGCCUACAUAUGUCGGUCAGUAUAUAGCAUCACCCUCACACUGCCGCUCCGCGCCCGCCGAGUACGAGCCCGCGCGGCACCCGCCGCCGCCCGCCUCGCUCGACAGGCGGCAUCAUGUGCCUACAUAUGUCGCAUCACCCUCACACUGCCGCUCCGCGCCCGCCGAGUACGAGCCCGCGCGGCACCCGCCGCCGCCCGCCUCGCUCGACAGGCGGCAUCAUGUGCCUACAUAUGUCGGUCAGUAUAUAGCAUCACCCUCACACUGCCGCUCCGCGCCCGCCGAGUACGAGCCCGCGCGGCACCCGCCGCCGCUCGCCUCGCUCGACAGGCGGCAUCAUGUGCCUACAUAUGUCGGUCAGUAUAUAGCAUCACCUCACACUGCCGCCCGCGCCCGCCGAGUACGAGCCCGCGCGGCACCCGCCGCCGCCCGCCUCGCUCGACAGGCGGCAUCAUGUGCCUACAUAUGUCGGUCAGUAUAUAGCAUCACCUCACACUGCCGCUCCGCGCCCGCCGAGUACGAGCCCGCGCGGCACCCGCCGCCGCCCGCCUCGCUCGACAGGCGGCAUCAUGUGCCUACAUAUGUCGGUCAGUAUAUAGCAUCACUCACACUGCCGCUCCGCGCCCGCCGAGUACGAGCCCGCGCGGCACCCGCCGCCGCCCGCCUGCUCGACAGGCGGCAUCAUGUGCCUACAUAUGUCGGUCAGUAUAUAGCACCCUCACACUGCCGCUCCGCGCCCGCCGAGUACGAGCGCGCGGCACCCGCCGCCGCCCGCCUCGCUCGACAGGCGGCAUCAUGUGCCUACAUGUCGCAUCACCCUCACACUGGGCCGCUCCGCGCCCGCCGAGUACGAGCCCGCGCGGCACCCGCCGCCGCCCGCCUCGCUCGACAGGCGGCAUCAUGUGCCUACAUAUGUCGGUCAGUAUAUAGCAUCACCCUCACACUGGGCCGCUCCGCGCCCGCCGAGUACGAGCCCGCGCGGCACCCGCCGCCGCCCGCCUCGCUCGACAGGCGGCAUCAUGUGCCUACAUAUGUCGAGUCGCGCUCGGUGUCGGCGGCGGGCUCGGACGACACGGCCGUGCUGCGCGCGUCGCCGUGCGAGCCGUGCCGCCGCUGCGAGCGCUGCGACUGCGACGACCGACACGACCGACUCGACCGACACGACCGCCUCGACUACAUCACUAAACCGAUGACAGGCAUGGGCGUGGGCGUGGGAUGCGCGAACACGUGCGAGCGCCGCCCGCACGCGCGCAUGCCGCAUCCCGACCAGAGUACGCCACUACUCGCGAACGUGGGUCCGCUGGGGUCACCGCAGUCAUCGCUCGCGUCACUACAGCCGCUACACCCGCCGCCCGCGCCAUGCGGUUCGGGCACGUGUCCACUGGGCGCAGCGUGCUCGGCGCCGGGCGCGGGUGUGGGCGGCUCGGCGCCGGGCGCGGGUGUGGGUACCGGCGACAUCUACGCCUCGGCCGCGCGCGAGCGAGGGCACUAUGUGGCGUAUGAGCCGCUCGGACACUACACGCAUCGUGACUCGCUAAGCAGCGAGGCGGGUGGCGGCGCGGUGAGCGCGGGCGGGUCCCUGCAGCGGCGGCACGGGGGCCCGCAUGGGCCCGCACUGGGGGGCCCGCACGGGGCCCCGGGGCCGCACGGCGCGCUGCACAGCUUCGCGCUGUCGGACAACGCGUCGGACCACUCCACGCCCACGCACUCGCACUCACGAGGCAGCGUCCGCGACACGUCGCCGUACAAGAAGAGCGCCAGCUCCUCGCCCGGACACAUCCCCAACCGGCUGCAGCUCGGUGGUGCAGUAGGGCACUGUCCCUCCGAGCUGGAGCCGCUGACCCCCUCGCGCUCGACGGAGCGGCUGCACCGCGAGAUGCAGAACCUGGAGGGGCUGAUGAAGGACCUGUCCGCCAUCACGCAGCAGCAGUUCCACUGCUAGCGCCGCCACUCCGCCUGCACCUGCAGACACUCGCUCACUGACCAGGUGAUGUGUCAGGCGUCCCCGCCCGUAUGUACUUGUCGCUACUGACUGACCGACCGCGUGCAGCGCCAGUUACCGCCGUACCUCUGCACUUGUAGGUAUUGACUGCUAGCAUUAGACAUGGAGACAACAUGGUGUGAUCAGAGCAGCUAUACGCCAGGGUCCAGUGAAACCUCUGAUGACCUCUAGUUCUAUGUAAAACUUUGUGGGACCUAAAAAGAGAAAGAUGUAAUUAUGAUUAUCUACGUCAAAGUUUCAAUAGACGGAGUGACCAUCGAGCAAGAUAAUUUUGCUACCUCAGGUCUAAUAGGUCUCAUACAUUCAUAGUGAGUGACUGUUUGACUACUACAACAUUAUUGAAGAUUUAUAAAUUAGAGCGUAUUGAGCAGGGGUGUCACAAAGCAGUCAUAGGUAUGUCGAUAAUCAGGUGUGAUGGCGGUCAGUCAAUGAGUACAAGUAACAACACUAGCAGUACUUACGAGAUAAAAUGGUGGUGUUGACGCGUUGUUCGUGUAUUAAAUUACCGUUUGUGAGAAAUAUGAACUAUUACAUAUAUGUACAGAACAGAUGUUCUGUCGGACGGAAUAUAAUCAAAGACUACAAGUAAGAAGUGACGAGUAUUUGUAAUAACUAGAUGUAACACCAAGGUUUUUUUUACUGAAAUAUGUAAAACACAACGCCAUGAAGUUUUUUUAUACUUAUAGACAAAUGUGACAUUUUAGCAGCUUUAUUAUUUUAGAUGAGUUUUAUACAAUUGUCCCCGCGGGUGCCAUCUCUCGAUACUUAAUAUUAAUUUAUAUUAAUAGGUUAAUUAACUACAAACAUAUUUAAAAUUAAUGAUUUCUACACUUUUGUGUCAUCACUGCCUUUUCUUAUAACUUUAUAUGUUUUAUUUAGUUUUCUUGCAAUGUACACUAAACGUAAAGAGAUGUACCACGCAUCGAUAACUUUCAUAUCGAUAAAGUGACUAUCGAUAAGUUUAAUCGAUAUCGAUAUAUGUAUGUUAUUAGAAAACUAAAUGAAACGUAAUUAUAUGUACAUUGUGAUCUUAUAUUUAGUUAAUAUUGUGUAUAUACGUAGUUUAGUUAUCCGUGUAUACCCCUUAGAGUAAGUUUAGUUUUCUAAUUGUUUGACUGAUAUUAUUGCUAAAGGCCGUCGCACACUGCAGCGCAACAUUACCUUAUAUCCAGUUACUGAACGCAAAACUGAAAUAUUAUUCUUAUACAUUUUGAGAUGAUUAAAAAUGAUAUGAAAAAUAAUAAUUAUUAAUUAUGUAGGUGCUGAGCAAAGUGGUACUUUUUGCUUUUUUUCAAGUGAAUGAACUUAACAUCAUUCCAAUAUUUUUAUAGAAAAUAUCACUGGUUUAAUAUGAUAAAACAAUGCUACACUGCAGUGCGCGCAAAAUGGAACAAAAACAACUAAAGGUGGUUACACACUUUUUGACUUAAAUCAAGUGUGUAACUGCCCUAACUCGCUCAACAGUAAUAGUGUAGCCUCGGCCUACUCCGCUCAACCGGUUACAGUUAACUUUAACUACAUAGUUAUAAAGCUCGUGUAUAUGUUUAUGUAAAGAACUAGUCACGUAAAUAUAUACUUAAGUACUGUAAGUAGCUAGGCAGGUGCGUACCAUACUGUGACGUCAUCGAUACUAAAAUACAUUUGGUUGCAAACAUAUUGGGUCAGUUGCAAAACUACGAUAUUGAAUAAACUUGUGAAUAAGUACUUUCUUUAUAAAUAAAUUAAUCUAAAAAUCGUUCAGUCUUUCAAUUUCUAUUUAAUAUAAAAAUGUGUGGUAGUUUUUGUGACUGAUCCGAUAUGGGUAUGUUUCAAUUAGCAAUCUUUUUCUUCUACAAGUUUGUGUAAAAAGUUAAAGAAGUGUUUCCGACUUAUUUGUAUAAAUAUCGGAACUAUCGUUGUGUAAAAACCUUAAAUUUUCGAUGCAAUAAUACUAAAAAUGCGUACUUUUAAAUUCUACUUAAUUCAAAGUAGUGAUAUUAUAAGUACAUAUGUAUGUGGAUAGAAGUAAUUGUGAUACUAGUAUCGACGACGUCACAGCACUCGAAGCGUACAUAAAACAAUGUUUUCCCAUAAUUGGAUGUAGAUUACAUUUAUAUACAUUUACUAAACGCGACUCUUCCUACUUUAAGUAAAUUAUUGUAAAAACAUCUUUUGAUACUAGUAAGUAUAUUUGUAAAUUUGCAAUUUCCUACACAACACGUAUUUUGAAUAAUAUUAGGGUGUCGACACACUGGUGCGUCACGCAGUGGUCGCAGUGUGUCGAUGCCCUAGCACUCACGUUUGCAUCGUCAAGUUGAAGUUAUGUGGCUGCAGAUCUGUGGAAUAACUUAUCUAUCUAUCAAUUUUUUGCGGUUGCAGAUGGAAAUUAUCAUUCUAAUGCGAAAAUUCAAACUCUAGUCGCAAAUUAACUUUAGAUAUGUUAUAGAAAUGCAGCCUUACACAUCGAUAAAUUCAUUCUUAAAUAUUAAUUUCAAAAAAUUAUGUGCAUAAAUCGCUGAAGGUGCCCUUAAUUUUGCAUACCUAAUAUUUUAUCUAGAGAUUGUACAUACAGUGUUCCAGUGUUCCACAGAUCUGAUGUCACUACGAUACAUUUUUGUAAAAAUUUUGUAAUUUGAGUGGUCGGCGUUAACUUGCAUUCUCUUAUAUACCUGUCUGUACAUAGCGCUGUAAGUAUGUACUCAUGUCACGCGCGCGCCUGAACAUACUCGGUUAUAUAGUUCGUGCGAUAAUCAACUCUAUUCGUGAAGGAAUAGAGUGUAUAUCAGUAUGGCCACUGUAAGGAAUUGCACGAGAAUUGAUUAUGUAAAUCGUAUCGUUAUAUUGACAGCUUGGAGAUAUAUUUUUUAUUUAGUAAAAUAACUCGCUCUUCGCUGUCAAUGUGAUUGUACCGAACCGAACUUCCUCAAUAGUAUAUGAUGUAAUUUUUAACAAUAAAGAUUUCCGAAAAUAUUAUAAUUUGAAAGUCAAAUGUUGGAACCAAUAUUGACGACUUUCUUUGUUUUACUGGAAUGGUAAUAUCGAUAUUUUGACUUAUCGAAUUCGACAUUAUUGGUAUUUACACAUGCUUAUAUCAAUGAUAUUUGGUUAAAAAGAUUUGGGUAAGCAUGUAUGUAAAACGAGUUAGGCCCAAUUCGUCAUUUUAGUGAUUUGGCAUCCAUAAAAAACGUGUCCCGAUUUGUCAUUCCAUAAAAUAUUUUAUUUUGCUUAGUCCCAAUUGGUCAUCCGUACUUUAUUUUGUAAAAAGUACUGUCAACAAGAAAAGCUUUACAAUAUUGUGUAAUGUUUUUUUAAUUUAUAUUAAUAAAAUCGCGAUUUCAACGGCGUCACACAACGCACGACCAAAACCAAGACACCAGGGUCGCAUAAAUCGGAUGAGUAAUAUACCAAUCAUCGAGUGUCCAUGGAACUGCCCACCAUGUACUAGGACCGCAUAACUUACAGGAGUAUAGCAGUCAAGAGUGUCAGGAUUUUACAUUUUAUAUACUAAUUGUAGAUAAAUAUACCAAUUUACACCAUGUC